AUGAGUUCUCAAAAUAGCUUUGACAAUGCUUCCCCAAGCUCCAGCACACCCAGCGCAAGCACAACUUCAACCUCCACGAUUCGAUCGCGCCCUCGCCGCUUAGUUUCAUUCAUGGACGACGAAGCUGACAGCAAUAAUGUUACAAACUCCUAUCAGGACGAUCCCCACCCUUUCCCCUCGAGAUUGUCAACAACUCUUGCUCUCUCUGAGAGGGGAGCGAGUCGGUCCCGCGGAGCAACCCCCUCGCCGUUGUCAUCCCGUGGAGCGUCACCACUUCCAAUGCAACACCCGUCACGGACGACCGAAUCGAUCAAUCGUGGUACUCGCAGUGGAUUAACAUCAUUUCCUUGGAGUGGACCACCAAAGGCCUCGUCGUCGGGAGGUGCUGCGGACUUUCUGGACUCCUCAUGGUCUUCUCUUCAAAGCUUAGCAUCUUCAGUACUGGGGAGUGAUGCUGGACGAGUCCCUCCGAAUAGUGCAACAAACACCCACACGCGACGGAAGCCAUCUCGAUCUGAUGUAUAUAUUAAGAAUGCUCCUAGAUCGACCUGGGGCCCAUCGGCGCCGACCGCUCCACAGUUCGGAACUGGGACAAAGGAGGAGCGACAGGCUUUAGUGCAGGCCAAAAAGAGAGAAGCGCUGCUCCUUGCUGAUAGCGAUCCGAUUGCAAGCCGUACGCUCCCUCACAAAAGACGCGACUCUGGCGACAUUUCGUAUCAAGCGUUUGACCCAGAGCACGAUGAAGACGCUUUGGCCUAUAUCCACAAAGUGCAACCCACCGACACCAUCACCGGCGUGACGAUCAAGUAUGGCUGCCAGGCUGCAGUGUUUCGGAAGGCGAACGGUUUCUGGCCCAACGACAACAUUCAGAGCAGAAACACUGUCCUCCUACCAGUUGAUGCGUGCUCUGUGAAAGGCCGGCCCGUUCCGAAAGAGCCUGUAGAUCUUUUGAGCAACAACGACGAAGACCCCAGCGACAGCUCAAUCACCCCUAUGGCUGCCUCUACUGAUGAUGCCUCAACUGAACAAGAUACAACUGCAACCACAUCUGGGGCCGAUGAAAACCAUGCUUGGAAGCAUGAAUCGUGGGUGUACAUGGAUGGGUUUCCAGGACCAGUGCAAAUUGGCCGUGUUCCUCGAAGAGCAUUGGGAUUCUUUCCGCGUACGCGUCGAAAAUCUAUAUCUUAUUCGGAUGCGGAACCUCCCGACUUUUAUCGAGAAACAAUCACUCCUCCGUCUCCGACUGGAUCACCACCUCCACCUUCGUCCUUUGGCAUACUGCCACGAACUCGACCGAACGGCGACCAGUUCACGCCUCCCACUCGUCCGCAGCAUCGCCGCCAGCGCAGUAGUAUCCAGCUGUCUGGUACUGGGGUGGGAACACUUGACCCCACCUCGACUGGCCCAGGGCCUGCAUUAGAUGGGUUCACCCGAUUCUUCGCACAGCACAUGCCGAAUCUCGCACCGGCACAGCCCCUGGACAAUGCUCGGAAAGCUUCUUUUGACUCUACAUACACUGUUACAUCCAAUGCAUCGACUGGCCUCGAGAACAUUGGCGGGGCUUUUGAAGGGUGGGUUCGAAAAGUAGCAACGCGCGCUAAGGCCGGCAUCAAUGAGCUACAGCAAGGAUCGCUCACCCAGCAGGGUAGCAGCAGAGGUCGCAAUAUGUGGCGGAUGGACGACCUAAUCGAGCUUGAUGAUGGGAUGGUGGAUGGCCGGAACUCCCCCAGCCCGCUCAAGGGUGCAUCACGGAGGUCUGAGUUACAGGUCACCUCAUCUUCAUCAUCAUCCAACCGAUACAACAGCCCCUCGGUGGUGGCAGCGAGCAGGUCUCGUGCGACUGGAUUUGGUUCGGGCUCCGGUUCAUCCGCCUAUGGCGAUCGGGUUAAGGAUGAUUAA